AAACUUAUUAAAUAGAAUCGAGAAUGUCGGCUCCACCGCCUUACAACCCAUCGUGGGAUCAAAGCUAUGACUCAAAGUACCCUCCUCCACCCAAUAACAGUGGAAUGCCACCCCAACCAUCUGCUCCUGGGGGCUGGCAGAUGCCGCCGCAGACAAACUACGGCUAUGGUGGCUCAUAUGGGGUUGUGGACGAUACUCCGCCACAAAUGUCUGGUGGCUAUGACCCCUACAAGGACGAUGUCGAGGCACAGCAACCCAAUCGCCCGCCGCCACCGGUCUCGUUUGCAGCCCCAGGAUUCAGUGACGUCAACAUUCGAGCUGCAUUCGUGCGAAAAGUCUACUUUACCCUCUCGACACAACUGGGAAUCACAUUCGCUAUCGUUGCACUGUUUGUCAAUGUCGACUCAGUCAAGACAUUUGUACGUGAGAAUUCGGCCUUGUACUAUGUCGGCUAUGUGAUCUUUCUUAUAUCUUACUUCAUGCUGGUGUGUUGUCAAGGACUCAGACGAAAGUUCCCUGCUAAUGUCGGACUCCUCAUGAUUUUCACUCUGGCUUUCUCCUACAUGAUCGGAGUCAUAUCCAGCUACUAUGACCUGGACUCCAUCUUCAUGGCGCUCGGAAUAACCACUGGAGUGACUCUGGCGGUGAGUAUCUUCUCGUUCCAGACGAAAUACGACUUCACCAAGUGGCUCGGAGUCGCCGUUGUCGUCUCUUUCUGUCUCUUUUUCUUCGGAUUCUUCAUGAUCUUCUUCUACAGCAAGGUCAUGCACCUGAUCUACGCGGGAAUCGGCGCCAUCUUGUUCACGGUGUUCCUGGCGAUCGACACCCAGAUGAUCGUCGGUGGGAAGAGACAUGAAAUUGAUCCCGAGGAUCACAUUCUCGGAGCCAUUCUGCUGUACAUCGACAUCGUUUACAUCUUCCUGUUUAUUCUGCAGAUCUUGGGACGAUCUGGAAACUGAGCUGGGGAGUGGCGUACAAUUGACACAACAAAAGAAAUAGAGGUGUAAGAAGUUGAGUAAUGGUAGAUUGAAAUGACAUAAGCGUAAUCCUUUCGGUUAAUUAAAUCAUUUUGGCAUGCGAUAUUGAGAUACACGAGCACUAGCUCUUGUGUCACUUCAACUGAUAAAGCUUGCAGCUUACUUAUAGAUGUAAAUUGGAAUUGUUUCGCUCUCAAAUUGUAAUAUUGGACUUAGACCUAUUCUUUCUGCUUGGGAUAACAUUUACAAAAUUUUUGAUGCAGUCCAUCAAUCAAAUAACAAUGGGGUUUUUGAUCGUUAGCUGCUUGUAAAAUAGUUUUUCAGUUCGCAAAUAAAUAUUAGAUAGAUGUCUAUACUUUUGUGAUAAACUCCUCAACUAUUGCUUUCAAACAUGAUAUUUUAUAACGUUUUGUUCAACAAGGACUUCAAGAGAUAAAUAAGAAUAAAUAAGAAAUAGAAAAGGUUCUGUUCUUUUUUCAAAAUAUUUAAAAAAUCAACUGUUAGCUUGUAAUUAAUUGCAAAUCGAUGCCGUAAUAGUUGAGCAGCCUAAUUAUCAAAUCAUUUAAUUAUGCGAGCUUAGACAACAAAAGUUUUGUAUUUUUGCCAUUUCCUCUGGUUCCUUAAUUUUGAAUUAUACAUACUAACUGACGUAUUUUUGUAGUUUAAUUGAUCAGCACUGUAAUCUUCAUCCCAGUGUAUGUAAAAUAGAGAAAACCCUUUGCGCGUUUGUGUCAUAGGAUAGUGCCAUUUAUGAAUUUGGUUCCAUUCAUAGCUGUAUCAACCAAUAUCAAUGUGAUCAAUUUAGUUUUUAUUAAACCUA